GAAGUUAAUUUAAAUGAAGCUAAUUUAAAUGACGUAUAUGAUAAUGAAUGUAAAGCACUUGAUGUAAGACCUUUAAAUGAAUAUGAACCAUCUAACAAACUUCAGCAAGGCGUAAGAUGCGUAGACGAUCAUAGUUUUCGAUGCUUCUCAGUAACACAGAAAAGGAUAUUCAACUCCGUAGUUUCCGAGUCAAGGCACGUCAUCUCUGAUUUAUGUGAAGAAGGAAACCUGCAAGAAGAUUAUCUGAAAUAUGCACCUUGCAUGAAAAAUGUAUCAACAGAUGAGAGAAAGUGUGCGAAUCAAUACAGAAGGCUAAUUAACAACCACAGAGAGGAAACUGGGGACCAAGAAAUUAACGUAAACGAUAAGCUAAAGAAGCACUGCUGUGCUUUUACUGAACUCGUGGAGUGCCAACACGAGCACUUAUUGAGAGAUUGCGGUCAUCAUGCCGAUCAGUUCUUCCAGAGCCAAUUAGAAAGAAUGUCUGGGUCGCUCAUAAACGAACACUGUGCUCUAUUUACUCACGGCUCCAAUGCAUGCAUUUUCAAUCAAAACAAUGGAGACAGUGUGCUUUCAAAGGAUUCUAUUGUGUAUCAACUAUUCAUUAUCAUUGCUGCUUUUGUUACUGCACUAUUGUUUUUUAUUCAGCGAUGACAUUAAAAUAAUAUGUUUUUCUCUAUACAUGUCAUAAAUUAUUUUGAAAAA